AUUGAACUAGACUCGCUUUGGACGCCGCCCUUCUUUCUCCUUUGGCGCGAGCUUGGCACUAUGGUUCUCUCGACGCAGAUCGCUCGCCUCUCUGACGGUCUUCCCCUGGCGCAGUCGGUCGACGACAGCAGCACCGAGGCGGCGCUGUCAGAGUACAAGCAGCAGGCCAAGCUCAUCCUUCGCCGCUUGACUCCAACCUCGGCAGCUACCUGCACCAUCGACAGCGGGCCGUCGUAUUCGCUCCACUACCUCAUCUACCCACCACCAAACGCCGCAGGACAGCUCAACACCACCAGUGUCGUCUUUCUCACCAUUGCACAGCGCAGCUAUCCGCGGAAACUUGCCUUUGCCUACCUCGAUGAGCUCGGACGCGAGUUUGUUACAAACUAUGGCGCCCAAAUCCCUCAGAGGAACCUGAGACCAUACGCCUUUGUCGGCUUCGACACAUUCAUGCAACGAACAAAACGAUUGUACGCCGACUCGAGGACGGCGGAAGCCCAGCAGGCGGCCAGCGCACAAGCGUCGAGUGACGGUACUGGCGGAACAAAGGGCAACCUGGGCAGGCUCAAUGACGAUCUCCAGGACGUGACACGAAUCAUGACAAAGAACAUGGAAGACCUCCUCUGGCGUGGCGACUCGCUCGACCAGAUGUCGACGAUGUCCUCCUCGCUGCGAGACGAGAGCCUCAAAUAUCGCAAGGCUGCUCGGCAAAUCAACAUUGACGCCAUGAUUCGCAAGUGGGCCCCGUGAGUCUUAUCUAUUCACCCACCCCUUCUGCUUCCGGGUCUUGCGCGCUGAUGAUGGCGCUGCGCACGGGGCACAGAGUGGGCGCCAUUGCAUUUCUCUUUCUCUUUAUCAUCUGGAUCAGAUUCUUCUGAUCUCUGUAUACAUAGCCAUCUCGCUUUUACCCAACAUAAAAGAGAAAAAGGGGGGAGCGGUUGCAGCAC